UUUCAUUUUCACUCUUGCAGGAGUUGGAAGAAUUGCUGAAGAGGAAUGAGGUCCUAGAGGUCUUACUAAAGUCGAGGAGCACGGAAAUUCAGAUGAUUCAGGGAAACCAGAAAAUUGCAGAAGAGGAUUGGGAACGCAAGAGAAUGGCCCUUGAGAGUGAGAAGGAAAGGAUGGCACAAUUGCUAUCUGAUCUCCAUCAAGAAAAGGAGAGGUUGGAAGACUCCUUGAAACAGGAACAAGCCAGAGUGGAGGACACACUAAAGCAACUAGAGGAGGAAAGGUCUUCCAGUGCUGCAGUGAGAGCUUCCAUGGAGAUGAUCCAAGCCACCGGUGAGGAGAGGUCGGAGCAGGUGAUGGCCCUGCGGGCCGAGCAAUCCAGGCUGAGAAACCAGCUCCAGAAGGAGAUGGAAAACAGCAUAGAUGCGAAAGCAAAAUUUGGACUGGCUCUUCAGAAAAAGGACGAAGAGCUGCAGGGAUUGAAGGACAAGGUGGUGCAGAUGGAGCAAAAGCUGGGGCAGAUCAGUAAAGCUCUGGUGGAGGAGAAAACAAAGUGCUGGAGCAUUCGCUCUGUGGAGCUUGAGACUAUUGAAGUUAUGCCGAGGGUGGAAGGCAUAACCAUCUCGCCCCACGUAGCUGUCGUCGGGGCGGUGACCCUGUAACCUUUCAAAUACAAAAACGACCUCAAACCUUGCGAGGCCAAGAAUCACCGAAUCACCAUUUUGACUC